GGCGGCGCGGAUUGAAUGAGCCCGCCGAGCCGCGGCCGCCGUUCCGAGCCGCGCGGGCCCCGAGCCGUCGCCGCCGCCGCCGCCGCUGCCGCCGCCGCCGCCGCCGCCGCCGCCGCCGCCGCCAUGGGCACGCCGCUGCCCGGCCGCGCGGGCGGACCCGCCACGCCGCUGUCGCCCACGCGCUUGUCGCGGCUGCAGGAGAAGGAGGAGCUGCGCGAGCUCAAUGACCGCCUGGCGCACUACAUCGACCGCGUCCGCGCGCUCGAGCUCGAGAACGACCGGCUCCUGCUCAAGAUCUCCGAGAGGGAGGAGGUGACCACGCGUGAGCUCUGUGGGCUGGAAACGCUGUACGAGUCGGAGCUGGCCGACGCCCGCAGGGUGCUGGACGAGACGGCCCGAGAGCGGGCCCGGCUGCAGAUCGAGCUGGGGAAGGUGAAGGCCGAGCUGGAAGAGACGAACAAAAGCUCCAAGAAGAGGGAGGGCGAGCUCGCGGUGGCCCAGGGCCGUGUGAAGGAUCUGGAGUCCCUGUUGCACCGGAGCGAGGCGGAGCUGGCCGCCGCCCUCGGCGACAAGCGGGGCCUCGAGAGCAAUGUGGCGGAGCUGCGGGCCCGGCUGGCUAAGGCGGAGGACGGCCACGCGGUGGCCAAAAAGCAGCUGGAGGAGGAGACGCUGAUGCGCGUGGACCUGGAAAACCGCUGCCAGAGCCUGCAGGAGGAGCUCGCCUUCCGGAAGAACGUCUUUGAGCAGGAGGUGCGGGAGACGCGGCGGCGGCACGAGCGCCGCCUGGUGGAGGUGGACAGCAGCCGGCAGCAGGAGUACGACUUCAAGAUGGCCCAGGCGCUGGAGGAGCUGCGCAGCCAGCACGACGAGCAAGUGCGGCUGUACAAGCUGGAGCUGGAGCAGACCUACCAGGCCAAGCUGGACAGCGCCAAGCUGAGCUCUGACCAGAACGAUAAGGCCGCCAGCGCCGCGCGGGAGGAGCUGAAGGAAGCGCGCAUGCGGGUCGAGUCCCUCAGCUACCAGCUGUCCGGCCUCCAGAAGCAGGCCAGUGCCGCGGAGGACCGGAUUCGCGAGCUGGAGGAGACCAUGGCCGGGGAGCGGGACAAGUUCCGCAAGAUGCUGGAUGCCAAGGAACAGGAGAUGACAGAGAUGCGCGACGUGAUGCAGCAGCAGCUGGCCGAGUACCAGGAGCUGCUCGAUGUCAAGCUGGCCCUGGACAUGGAGAUCAGCGCCUACCGCAAGCUCCUGGAGGGCGAGGAGGAGAGGCUGAAGCUGACCCCCAGCCCGUCGUCGCGGAUCACUGUGUCGCGGGCCACGUCGAGCAGCAGCGGCAGCAGCGUGGUGGCGGCCGGGCGCACGGGCCGCGGCAAGCGGAAGCGGCUGGAGGCGGAGGAGUCGCCGGGCUCGAGCGGCAUCGGCUCCGGCGGCGGCGGCGGGGGCGGCGGCGGCAGCGGCAGCGGCUUCCACCUGGCGCAGCAGGCGUCGGCCACGGGCGGCGUGGGCAUCGAGGAGGUCGACCUGGAGGGCAGGUUUGUGCAGCUGAGGAACAGCUCGGACAAGGACCAGUCUCUGGGUAACUGGAGGAUCAAGAGGCAGGUCCUGGAGGGGGAGGAGAUUGCCUACAAGUUUACGCCCAAGUACGUGCUGCGCGCCGGCCAGACCGUCACGGUGUGGGCAGCUGGUGCAGGAGUGGCCCAUAGUCCCCCCUCGACCCUUGUAUGGAGGAGCCAGAACCGUUGGAGCACAGGCGACAGCUUCCGGACCGUCCUGGUCAACGCGGAUGGGGAGGAGGUGGCCAUGAGAACCGUGAAGCAGUCCUCAGUGGUGCGGGAGACGGAGAACGGGGAGGAGGGAGAAGAGGAGGGAGCCGAGUUCGGCGAGGAGGAUCUUUUCCAUCAACAGGGGGACCCAAGGACCACCUCGAGAGGCUGCCGCGUCAUGUGAACGGAACUCGCCUCAUCACGUCUUUACCCAGAGCCACUGAAAACUAUUUUUAUAUCAUUGGCCGUCUUUAGUCCUUGA